AUGUUGUUUCCACAUUACGACUCAAAGCUCACGAAGACACUGGCGUCAGAAGGACGACAUCCUGAUCUGAAGCAGGAGCUGGACGAGGAGGGCAGUCGCUGCCUCCUGCUGUCACGGCAGAGUUGCUUCAAUCAGCGCUGCUGCAUCCGCUGCUGCUCGCCCUUCACCUUCCUGCUCAACCCCAAGCGCCCGUGCCGCGAUUGCCACUUCAACGUCUGCAAGGCCUGCCGGGUCUACAACAAGCGGGACAAAGCCUGGCUGUGCUCCGCCUGCCAGAAGAGCAGGUUGUUGAAGACGCAGUCCCUGGAGUGGUUCUACACCAAUGUGAAGACACGCUUCAAGAGGUUCGGUAGCGCCAAAGUGCUGAAGACUCUUUACAGGAAGCACUUGGCGGGGCACAGCGCGCUUUCAGAGCUUACUGAGGGCAGCGCCUACGAGGAGAGCAUCUGCAAUGAGGGCAGCGUCUGUGGGAGCGACUCAACCUUCUACAGACAAACUGAAGAGCACAGCAUGGCAGAGUCGCUCACGGUGGCCCUGCGGGUGGCAGAGGAGACCAUAGACGAGGCCAUUUGCAAGGCUGAGUUCGACACUGCCAGUCAGGAGAAGCAGAAUGAGGCUCACUACCUACGGGAGCACAGAGGACAGCUCAUCAAGGAGCUGUCCAAAACCAUCGUGCAAAAAGUUAUUAGCAGGAGGAACACUUUGGCUGAGAUAAGGUCAGAAUAUGAACAGGAUUGGCCGCUUGAACACAGCACUGACCUUCAUCAUCAUUAUCAUCAUCAUCAUCAGUCCGACUGUGAGCAAGCCUCCAGCUCCCUUAAACACCAGCCGGGCCUCUGGAGGUCACACUCUGCCUUCUCCCUGUUGGACAAUGACCCUCCAGGUCUGAUACAAGACUCCUCACAGGCGCUGAAGAAGGACGCAGGCGGCUCAACCUGGAGGAGUGUAGACCGGCUGGACAACACUGCGGUGUCCUCGGUGCUGAAGAGUACAGACGGGAACUGGAUCGCCCUGCAGAGCGCCCAGCUGCCCCGUCGCAGCCUGCUGACCAGGAGGAAGAGCCUCGUCUUCAGUGCUUUGGAGAGGGAGUCUGAAGUUGUGUCCGCCUACGAAGGCCUGUGCUCUGACAACGAAACCAAACCCGAGACCGACGGCUCCUGGGGAGGCGUCCUCCAGGAGUUCCACAGGAAGUUGACAGACUCUAACUUCAACCUGCAGGACAGCAUCCCGUCCCCGCUGACGAGCAGCAGAGAAGACCUGUUUUCAGACUCUGAGGGGGAGUGGAAGCCUAAACAUCUGCAGGCUCUCUUCAAGAGGAAGGUGCCCGCGGAGAUCAGGCGACCUGCAUCCUCCUGCAGGACGAACAUCAUCGAUGUGAACUUCAACGUGGAAGGAGCUGGACAGAAGGAGCAGAGCAAGGAGGUGGCAGAGCAGGAAGCUGGAAAAGUGAGGAGAUCACGGAAGAAAAGGAGGAGUAAAAAAGAGCUGUCUUCUUCUGUGCUGGAUUACAGUGAUGAAGACAACCAUUACAAACUUCCAUCUGAGGCUGCGACCGCCAACACUUUGACCUCCAGAGCCACAACUCUCGAACCUUUUGACCUUGAGAGUGAUGUCGCCGGACUCGGAGCCAAUCAGACGGAGCAGGAGCUCAUGUCAAAACAGCCAGCAGGCCGAGUUUCUGAGUCCUCCCCCGCAGAAGAAGAAGAAGAAGCUGAUGGAGCGAUGGAUGCUGGUGAAGAUGUACAGAGGGAGGAAAACAGACGAGGAAAUGAAGAAGGAGAUGAAGAAGAUGAGAGGCUGUGGAGGAUGGAGAUCGACUUGGAUGAAGGAAGAACAGAGGAAGAUGAGGAAGUAGAUGAUGAAGAGAUGAAAUGCAGGUUUCACAGACUCAUCGCACACUCCAGACGCACGUGCUUCUUGUCCACUGAUGACGACUUAGACAAAGUUGGCCGGAGUGAAGGAGAAUGGGAAGGAGACAAGGAUGAAGAUAUGGAGGAGGCAGACGUGGAAAGACUUAAUUCUAAACUCUGUCAGCUGGAAAAAGAAGUCCGAGCCAAUCAGUUCUCCUCCACAGAGGAGGAGCUGGACAGAGUUGGCGUCAUGGAUGAAGAGAGGAAGGAAGAGGACGAGGAGGACGAGGAGCUGGCGGUGAAAGUGUGCAGAUUAGUUAAACAAGCCAAUGCUACACAAUUUUCAUCCACGGAGGACGAGUUGGACCGAGCAGGUAGAGAUGAAGAGGAGGAGGAAGCGAUGGGCCAAGAGAAGUUGUGGAAACUGCAGAUGGAAAAAGACGUCCAGGUGUCUCAACUGCGAGAUCUGGCCAGUCUAGUCAGUGCUUCUCAGUUUUCCUCCACCGAGGAUGAGCUGGAUAGAGUUGGAGAGAACGAGGUGGAAGUGGAGCAGGAAGUAAAUGAAGCAGUGGGAGAUAAUUGGGAGAGGAGGGAUUCAUUUAGAGAUUUGUACGUGAACAUGUUUGAUUUAAGGGAUAAAAUUGAGGAAAUAAAGACAGAUGAAGUUGAAGAUGUCCAACAAGAGGAAAAGAAAGACGGAAAUAAGAGGAUGGUAAAGGGGCAAAUAUGUGAAGAAAAAGUAGAACUUUUUAAAGAGGACAAGGCUAAAAAAGCAAAGGAGGCAGGAACAAGACAAGACAUGGAGUUAGAAACAGUCGGACAAGCAGAGAGAACAGAGGAGAGGAGGACAAAAGUCCAACAAGCGAAUCGGCCGGAAGCAAAGUGGGAAGAGGAAGAGGAAGAGAGUCAGGAUGCAGCAGCAGACAGCGAAGAGGAGGAUGCAGAAUUUGAGAGAAUAAUCAGCAGCAUGUUGACGAUGACUUUGGAGGACAUGCAGGUACAGACAUUAGAGGAUGAAGCUGCAGAAAAUGGGAGCGCAGAUCGAGAGCCAGAGGAAGUAGAGACGGAUGAGAAUGUAAACAUUGGGGGAGAAAGUGGAUUCGAGGACAACGCUGCCGAUGCACAAAGCACAAAUGCAUCAGAGGAGACAGGAAGUGCAAAAGAGUUUCAAAGUCGAGGCGACAGCGUGAGAGUAAAUGUAAGCGAGCAAAUUGGAGAAGAUAUUUCCAGAAAAAAGCAGAGUGGAGAUGCUGUAGGCGGAAAUGAAAAUGAGCAGCAGGAAAAAGAUGCACGAGAAAAAAAAAAUUCAGCAAUCGAAGAGACGCUCGAGGCCAAACGGACGUGUAAAAGAAAAGUGGACGAUGAGGAACGAGAGGACAGAGGAGGAAAAGACACGACGGAGUGGAAAAAGAUGGAGACACAUGGAGAUUGUGAAAGUAAAGAAAGACUUGAAGAAACCAAAGAAGAGAGCGUAGAUGACACGGCGCUGAGCAGCACGUCUUCUCUUCACCAGAGUUUUCUUUCACCUGAGGAGAUUCAAAAUGGUAGUGACCUGGAGAUUUACAAAACAAUACAGUUUAUGUCCUCGCUGCUGGAGCAGAGGUACUCGGCGGUGUCUCUGCGCAGCAUCACCACCGAGGUCCUGAAGGUGCUGAAUGCCACUGAAGAGCUGCUGCUGCAGGAAGUGGAGGGAGGAGACGGCCCUCGUCUCCGCAACACCUCGCUGCCCCCCGACACAAACCCCAAGAAGCUGGAUCAACAGUUCUCCAGACUGGAGGAGAAUGUGUACGUGGCAGCUGGAGAGGUGUACAGUCUGGAGGCGGAGCUGAGUGACCUGGAGGAGUGUGCCAGGGGCAUCUGCAGCGCCACGCCCGACAUGGAGCUCUCCUUCCUGGAGGAGCAGGUGGCAUCGGCAGCCGCCAAGGUUCAACAGUCUGAGCUGCAGGUUUGUGACAUCUCGGCCAGAAUUGCUGCUUUGAAGAGUGCAGGCCUCAAUGUGGACACACAACAGUCCCGCUUCACUAAGACCAAGACUGUUCCAUUUAUGGCCGUCACUGUGGACUCAUCGAGACAGCAGAGGAGGCGACUCCCUGCACCACCAGUGAAAGAAGACAAGGAGGAAACCUAAAUCUACGAGCCAGGACUUUUAGCAGUGCCUUGACCCGGUCGCUCUGCAGGCCCGGAUCCAUUCAGACACCAUUUGCCUUAAUCACAUUUUUAGACUAAAACAUGCUUCAAAUAAUACGGGACACUGUAAGUCACUGA